UUUCCCUGUCACCAGUGCCACCAGUGUCGCCAGUGCCACCAUCGCCUCUGUCACUGUCACCACCCACUGCCACCCCUGUCACCUCUGUCACUGGUGUCACCUCUGUCACUGUCACCAGUGUCACCAGUCCCAUCACCACUGUCACCAGUGUCACCCCUGCCACCACUGUCACCAGUGUCACCACCAUCACCACCCACUGCCACCACUGCCACUGUCACCCCCACUACUGCUGCCACCAGUGCCACCAUGUCCCCAUCCCCACUGCCACCAGUGCCACCACCACCAAGCACCAGUGCCACCAGCGUCCCCACUGCCACCACUGCCACACUGUCCCCAUUGUCACCACUGCCACCAUCACCAGUGCCACCAGUGUUACUGUCACUGUCACCACCAGUGCCCCCUGUGCCACCACUGUCACUGCUGCCAGUGCCACCAGUGUCCCCGUCCCCAGUGUCACCGCUGCCCCUGCUGUCCUGAGCGUCCCCAGUCACCCCAGUGCCACCAGUGCCACCAGUGUCCCCAUCACCACCUUCACUAGUGCCACCAGUGUCCUUGUCCCCGAUGUCCCCAGUGUCCCCUUCACCACCUUCACCA